UUUGACUGACGCGGCUCGCGCAUGCGCUGAACGAUCGCGAGCACAACAACACAAUAUUUCAAACCACCCCCUUGUCAACCGGUGACAGUGACGUUUCGGGGGAGGCACGGUGACAAUAAAAACACGUUUACUAUAUAUUUUUGUGAGAAAUUUUUAUGUGAAUAAAAGUGCGGCACGAUCGGUGUUGUGUUGUGAACGUUGUAUGUAAGGAUGGAUGGUCGCUGGCCGGCCGGCUGAGCGCGAUGAUGCGCAAGGGUAUUGCCGGAGCGACCGGCGGGACGGAGUUCACGCUGAACGCUUCGAACUGCAUCAGCCUCCAGCAGAUCCUGGAGGCGUUCAACUCGUCCAUAAGCGAGGAGCACGCCUGGGCACUGUGCUAUCAGUCGGCGCGAUGCUUCCAGAGAUGCAUUGCGGACGGAAACACCUGUUACUUGGUGACCGAGCCUAAGCAUAUCUUGCUACAUAAAGAUGGGAAUAUACAUCCCAGCACCUUGCUGCAUCCAGGAGAUGACAGCAGUCGCGUAGAGGUUACGUCUGAACAAACGCUGGUGGUGAACCUGGCCCUCGUGAUAUACCAUGCUCUGGACUACACACACGCGGAGGACGAGGAGAGGCUCAUCUCGCCCGACCUCGAGGGGCUCAUCACCGAGAUGACGUCAUGUGAUCUAGUUGAUGACGAUGAAGAAUGCGGCGCGCUGUCCGAGGGCUCGGAGACGUCUGAAGGUGGACGCGCCGACACCGACGACGAGGGUAUAGAACGGGACUCGGAGCCGGCUCCCAGGAGACGCAGACGACGAAGACGGUUCAUGCUCAAAGAUGUUAUAGAGAGAUGCGUUUGGCAUUGCGGAGGCGGCGGUCGUUGCGCCCGGGACGCGGCGGCGGCUCACUACCGCGCCGUGUGCCGGGCUCUGGUCGCGGAGGCCCUCGAACUGGCCUCGUUCCUUGCCAGGGUCAGGGUCGGAGGCGCGAGAGACAUGGGCGCCGCCGAAGACUCCGCCACGCAUCUCGACACGCUGCAAUUCUCUGAUUGGUCAAACCGAAGGAUAUGGAGAGCUUUGCAAGCAAGAUUUUGGAUGCAAGUUAUCGGCGAACUCCGAAUGGGCGUGAAGUUAAAGAAAGUGAAUUAUUCAAGAACGCCAAUUGAAUAUGAAUUGACACCGUACGAGAUCCUUAUGGACGACAUCAGAUCGAGAAGAUAUACGUUGAGGAAAGUCGAUGGAGCGAUACCACAGAGUGUGAAGAAGGACGCCCACGCUAUGAUUCUCGAAUUCAUUAGAAGUAGACCUCCGCUGAAAAAGGCCUCAGAACGUAAAUUACCCCCACCGAAACGAGAGGCAACGCCAAGGGAGAAACUCCUCGCUUCCAUCCAGGUCGGCAGGCGACUGAGACCGACACCAUACUCCAACAGGCUAUCGACAAGUGGAUCUGGCAGCGGCCCAGGCGGGGGUGAAAUGCGGCGCGGGGGUGACGUCACACCGCACACACAACCCCAGCGGAGGCUCAUCAAAGUCGACUUUGACAAUCUAGAGGAUGAUGAGGAUGAGGAAGACACUGAAACCUGCGCGAGUCCAGAGACGUGUGCUCCCCAACCCUUCCCGAGGCACACUGCACCGACCACACAACAAACCCCUAAACCUUGGAAGAGAACUGAGGAAGUUCCUCGUGCUCCACCGCGCACGCGCAUCACCCACGACGAGUACCACCACUUCUGCGACCAGACCCUUGAAUCAUACGACCUGGCGACGCAGUGUCCGUCGCGACGCGCCUCCAUGCGACGCCACACGCUGACGCAUCCGGCCUGUCCACCCACCGAUGGCGCGCAAUCCUUGCCGCACUCCAGGCCAGGUUCUCGCGCAUCGUGCGCUGGUGCGGCUUCGAUCGCGAGCAGUGACGCUGACGUCCAGCUAGGGGAGCUCUCCUGGUCGCGGUCCUCGCUUCAGGAUGAACUGAUCAAGUCGGUUAGUGGAAGCCCCAAUCAUGGAUCGCAUAAACAAUGGCAAGACGCAAUCAUGUCUGACGAUCGGCUGUCGCUGACCUUGGAGGAGAUCGUGCACAUCAGGUCCGUGCUGACCAAAGCCGAACUCGAGGUCUUACCUGUUGAAGGCAGAGUCAAGGAAGACGUUGAGAAGAGAAGGGUAUGCUUCUUGUGUUUGAAGACAAGAUUCGGAAUUUUUGGACCUUGGGGCCAGAAAUGCAAACUGUGCAAAAAGACUGUCUGUCAGAAGUGUUGUUCGAAGAUGCGUAUACCAACGGAGCAUUUCGCUCACGUGCCAGUCGUCCUGCUGAGUCCAUCGCUGCUGCCGUCACCGGAGGACGAGGCUCACUCCUCCUUCCCGAGGAGCCUCAUGUCGAGACUGGUCUCGCCUGAGUACACGAGCAUGGUGGAGAACAGCGUGGGCAGUGCGCCGAGCAGCCCGGCGGGGGCGCGGCGGGCGGCGGCGAGCAGCGCACCCCCCUCGCGCGGCCCCACCCCGCUGUCCCUGCCGCCCGCGCCGCUCAUGUCGCGCAGUGUGGACGCGCCCGCAGACACGCUGUACCGCAGGUCCCGCUACAGCCGCAGCCCGACCGGCGCGGCCGAGCGUCUCCGCGGCGUGCAGAUGGCGGUGUGCCACGACUGCAAGGCGAUGGUGCUGCAGAUCAUCAAGUCGUCUCGGGCGUCGCGCUCGGCGUCCCGCGACCGAGCCCUGCGGCACCUCACCCUCGACCUGGCGCCAGUCUACACGCCGAACUGCUAAACUUAUACCAGAUAAAUAUCGAGAAUCGAGGAACCGCUUUUGGAAACAUCAAUAUAUUUUUUGCACUUGCAAUAAAACACCAAUGGAUCAUUUACAGUGUCAUGCAAAAUAAAUAUCAACAGAGUCGAACGUGGCCGAAUGUUGGUAACGAAAAACUACCCGCUUAAAGUCAUUAAGGCUAUUGACCCUCGAGCUAUGAGCGCUAUAUCCUACAGGCCCAUAAAGUGUUAAAAAAAAUUUAAUUCCAUUUAUGUUUUAAGCUUCGAGAGCGGUUUCCUCUUGCUUAACCCUUUCAAUCUCAAUUAUAACUAUUUGAUCAAAAUAAAAAUCAGCUUGCCGACAAUGUCUGUUGAAUAUGAAAAAAUCUACCCGAUAAGAAUAUUUGGGUUAAACUACAGCUGUAAUGUACUAUUUUUAUUCUUGUAUCAAUUAGUCGACAUAUUCUAUCCCUAGUAAUAUUUGACAGCUCGAGGUUGUUGGCAGCCCUGUUUUUAUUUUGAUCGCAUAGUCGGUAUUUUGUCGUAAUUGUAUUGGAUUUUAUCCACUUGUUUGGUAAGAUUAAGUACGUUAUAAUUAUAUCGAAUAACAAUUUUCUGUCAAUGAAAUGAUAAAUAUUCAAUUUUGUGAAAUUAAAAUUUUAUUAUGGUUUUAACGCCGUUGCUCAAAAGAAAA